UCCCGGAGUAAACAGAGCUGCAGGCGCUGGGGACAAGGUGGCCGGGCUGGCUCCGCGCGCGUCAUCAUGCCGGCCUCGCAGAGCCGGGCCCGGGCCCGCAGCAACGUGCUCCACCGGGCCGAGUUCCUCUCCCUGAAUCAGCCCCCCAAGGGCGCCGCCCCCGAACCCCGCACGACGGCCGGGAGGAAGCCCGCCGCGGGGCCCGGGCCGCAGCCCUCUCCAGCACCCGGUGGGGACGGGGCCCGUGAGCGGCGCCAAUCGCAGCAGCUGCCCGAGGAGGACUGCAUGCAGCUGAACCCCUCGUUCAAGGGCAUCGCCUUCAACUCCCUGCUGGCCAUUGACAUCUGCCUGUCCAAGCGGCUGGGCGUGUGCGCGGGCCGGGCCGCGUCCUGGGCCGGGGCCCGCUCCAUGGUCAAGCUCAUCGGCGUCACGGGCCACGGCGUGCCCUGGAUCGGGGGCACCAUCCUCUGCCUGGUGAAGAGCAGCACUCUGGCCGGCCAGGAGGUGCUCAUGAACCUGCUUCUGGCCCUCCUCCUGGACAUCAUGACAGUGGCCGGCGUGCAGAAGCUCAUCAAACGACGUGGCCCGUUUGAGACGAGUCCCAGCCUGCUGGACCACCUCACCAUGGACGUGUACGCCUUCCCCGCGGGCCACGCCAGCCGCGCCGCCAUGGUGUCCAAGUUCUUCCUCAGCCACCUGGUGCUGGCCGUGCCCCUGCGUGUGCUGCUGGUGCUAUGGGCCUUCUGCGUGGGGCUGUCGCGCGUCAUGAUCGGCCGCCACCACAUCACUGACGUGCUCUCGGGCUUCCUCAUCGGCUACUUCCAGUUCCGCCUGGUGGAGCUGGUCUGGAUGUCCUCUAACACCUGCCAAAUGCUUAUUUCUGCCUGGUGAACUGCCGCCGCCACCAGCACCAUCGAGAUCCGGGGGGCACCCCAAGAGGGAGAAGGAGGAAGCAGGAGGACCGCCCCAACUCUGCCCAUCAAAGCCUCCGCUAAGGCUGGUUGUGACAUGAAGCUUCCAGGCUGGACACGAGGGUCACUGGGUGGUGGGUGGCUGUGGGGCUCAGCUCUGUUUCUUCUUGGGAGAUCACAGACAGGAACUGGGAGGGACAGGAUGUAGGCCUGCUCUGGCCUCCCCAUGGACCGUGAGGCUUCGCAGUACCAGGCCUCAAAGGUGCCCCCGCUAGCAUGUGGUGCUUGGUGGUCAUCAAGCGCUGCCAUGCCCACUGGCCCCAGACCCUGCCUGACACUUCAAACAGAGACAUGGCCUGUGGUCCAUUUGUUUGGGAAAUGCUACUGUCAGGUGGGCCCACUCUCAGCUUGUGGCCACUGGGCCCUGUGCAGGGGAGCGAUGGUGAACCCGUUGUCUUCUCCAACAUGUCUCUGGCUGGUGCUUGGUCACACUGUGGGCCCUGAGGCCCGA